CGCCGCUCGCUCCCCUGCCGUGGCGCCUCCGGGCCCGACGCGCUGCAGCCUCCAGCCCGCGGCAGGAGGGGCGGCUGCGCCACCCCGGGCCCCGAGCCCGCAGCCUGCCCUGCGCGGGCCCCUCCGGGCCGCCCCGUCGCGCCCCCCGCUCUGAACUCGAGUCACCGUGGAGCGCCGCCGCAGCCGCCGCCGCCCCGCAACUUUCACCGGGAGCUGGAAAUAUGGGAUGUAUAAAAUCAAAAAGGAAAGACAAUCUGAAUGACGAUGGAAUAGAUUUGAAGACUCAACCAGUACGUAAUACUGACCGAACUAUUUAUGUGAGAGAUCCAACGUCCAAUAAACAGCAAAGGCCAGUUCCAGAAUCUCAGCUUUUACCAGGACAGAGGUUUCAAACUAAAGAUCCGGAGGAGCAAGGAGACAUCGUGGUAGCCUUGUACCCCUAUGAUGGCAUCCACCCGGACGACUUGUCUUUCAAGAAAGGAGAGAAGAUGAAAGUCCUGGAGGAGCAUGGAGAAUGGUGGAAAGCUAAAUCCCUUUCAACAAAGAGAGAAGGGUUCAUCCCCAGCAACUACGUCGCCAAAGUCAACACCUUGGAAACGGAAGAGUGGUUUUUCAAGGAUAUAACCAGAAAAGAUGCAGAAAGACAGCUGCUGGCGCCAGGGAACAGUGCUGGAGCUUUUCUUAUCAGAGAAAGUGAAACCUUGAAAGGAAGCUAUUCUCUUUCUGUCAGAGAUUAUGACCCUGUGCACGGUGAUGUUAUUAAGCACUACAAAAUUAGAAGUCUGGACAAUGGGGGUUAUUACAUCUCUCCACGAAUCACUUUUCCUUGUAUCAGUGACAUGAUUAAACAUUACCAAAAGCAGUCAGAUGGCUUGUGCAGAAGGUUGGAGAAGGCUUGUAUUAGCCCCAAACCACAAAAGCCGUGGGACAAAGAUGCCUGGGAGAUCCCACGGGAUUCCAUCAAGUUGGUGAAAAGACUUGGUGCCGGGCAGUUCGGGGAAGUCUGGAUGGGUUACUAUAACAAUAGUACCAAAGUGGCUGUGAAAACCCUAAAACCAGGCACUAUGUCUGUGCAAGCUUUCCUGGAGGAAGCCAACCUCAUGAAGACCCUUCAACACGACAAGCUGGUGAGGCUCUAUGCCGUGGUCACCAGAGAGGAGCCUAUCUACAUCAUCACUGAGUACAUGGCCAAGGGCAGUUUGCUGGAUUUCCUGAAGAGCGAUGAAGGGGGAAAAGUGCUGCUUCCAAAGCUAAUUGAUUUUUCUGCCCAGAUUGCAGAAGGAAUGGCAUACAUCGAGAGGAAGAACUACAUUCACCGAGACCUACGAGCAGCAAACGUUCUGGUCUCUGAGUCACUCAUGUGCAAAAUUGCAGAUUUUGGCCUUGCUCGAGUAAUCGAAGAUAAUGAGUACACAGCAAGGGAAGGUGCCAAAUUCCCCAUUAAGUGGACAGCUCCAGAAGCAAUCAACUUCGGAUGUUUCACGAUUAAGUCUGAUGUGUGGUCCUUUGGAAUUCUCCUGUAUGAAAUCGUCACCUAUGGGAAAAUUCCCUACCCAGGGAGAACUAAUGCCGACGUGAUGACCGCCCUGUCCCAGGGCUACCGGAUGCCCCGCAUGGAGAACUGCCCAGACGAGCUCUAUGACAUCAUGAAAAUGUGCUGGAAGGAAAAGGCCGAAGAGAGGCCAACGUUUGAUUACUUGCAGAGCGUCCUGGAUGAUUUCUACACGGCCACAGAAGGGCAGUAUCAGCAGCAGCCUUAACGCGCAGGAAGGCUCGUGGCCAUUGGCUGGGACGGCUGCCUCCUGCCAAAGGAAAACAGGACAAUCACCGGUUGCGCUAGGAUCUCGUGCACUAGGUCAUCACUGCCCCUGCUUCCUGAAAGUGAGGCCAGGCUACUCAGGAAGAACACUCUCGACGUGGAAAAAAAGCAUUCUCGUUCUCGUUGGCUGAUGCCUGCUGGUGGCCGCUUGGGCUGCUCCCAGCUGGGACCCUUGCUUUGCUAGACCAGCAUCUGCAGCCAGCCUUCUGGGAAGAAAACACCUGUUCUGUCCAAGAUGCACCCACUCUGGCCUCUUGUUUACAGCUUAAUGUGUGUGACUCCAGGAUUCAGAGGCCAUUGCAGUGAAUCUCAAAUAGUAACAGACUGAAACUCAUUUAUAAAAGUAAAGUAACCGGAUGCAUAUCGUGACCCUUCUUUGCAUUUUCUCUGUGCUUUGGCUUAUCUGUUAAAAAACUUACUAAUCCAAUCUGUUACAGUUUGCAGGUGAAGUCCGAAGUUAAAAUGGUCUCUCCCAGAUUUCAGUGAGGUCCCCUCCCCCUCAAAUCUGAGACUGGUAAACAUUUUCCUUCCGUGGAAGACUGCUCAGAAACCCCUAGACAUGAAGCAGAGCAACCGCAAUCUUCUGGUCUGGCCCUGUAGAAAUGUCUCUGGUGAGCAUCAGAGCUGCUGUGUGGCCCAGCGGGGACCCUGCUGACGGCCAGGCCUGGCCCAGACCUCUCAGGACAGGGACAAGGGCCGCAGGAACUGCUCUACCCUAAGAAGGAAUAUUUCUAACAGUCCAGCUUUUCAAUUCCACAAUUUCCUAUAUAGAGACUUUUUUUUUGACAAUGUACUUUGGGAGAGAAAUAAGAUUCUAAUCUCUGAAUUUUCUUUAUUGCUUCCAAUGAUUUGAACGUUAUUUUAAUGAUGAAAUGUUAAUUUUAGUUGUACUUGAAAAGAGUAAAGACGCCAUCUUUGGGUCUAUUUUUGUGAUUCAGCAAUCUUUUCUAAAUUGUGUAAGGCGUGUGUGAGACUAUUUAUACAAGGAUAUGAAAGCAGAAUAAGUGACUGAGGAGGCUCAAAAGAGCCCCCAUAGCACGGGAUACGAGAGGUUUUGUUUACUAAAUUUUUCUACUGUAAGCUUUGAAUAGAAAAUGCUGUAUCACCUCAUGUUUCACUUAUGCUCUUGUGUAUAUACCUAAUAUUUCUAUUUUUGAUUUUAUUUUAAUACACUUGGCCCAAUAA